AGGCUGAAAAUAAAAGUGCCCUCAACUUAAAUUUCCAAAGCACCACCAAGACUUAGAAAGAAAGAAAAAAUAAUGAAAAUGGCACGCUUGCCAGUGAUUUUUUUCCCAUUUUUGACCCUGCUCCUGAUAUCUGUCUCGACGAAUAUUAAUGUACUUGGGGAGCUACCGUUUUCAGCAAUGUUUGUGUUCGGAGAUUCAUUAGUGGACAGUGGAAAUAACAACUAUCUCAACUCCUUGGCAAGAGCCAAUUUCGUGCCUUAUGGCAUUGAUUUCUCAGAGGGUCCAACUGGGAGGUUUUCUAACGGCAAAACAGUCACAGACAUCCUCGUUUUUACAGGGGAAAUUAUAGGUCUUCCUUUACUGCCAGCUUUUGCAGAUACCCUGAUAAAAAGCAGAAACAUUUCCUGGGGAGUGAACUAUGCUUCAGCUGCUGCUGGGAUCCUUGAUGAGACAGGGCAAAAUUUGGGAGAACGCAUUAGCUUUCGGCAGCAGGUGCAAGAUUUUAAUACAACCGUAAGGCAGAUGAAGAUCCAAAUGGAGCACAACCAAUUGAGUCAGCACUUAGCAAAUUCAUUGACAGUAGUGAUCCAUGGCAGUAAUGAUUACAUAAACAACUAUUUCUUGCCUGAACAAUAUACUUCAAGCUUCAACUAUGACCCAAAAAACUAUGCAGAUCUUCUCAUUGAGGUUUACAAAAGGCACAUUUUGAGUCUUCAUGAUUUGGGACUCAGAAGAUUCUUACUGGCAGGACUUGGGCCACUUGGUUGCAUACCUAGACAAUUAGCCUUAGGCUCUGUCCCUCGAGGAGAGUGUAGACCUCACAUCAAUGACAUUGUCGACAUGUUCAAUGUUUUGUUGAAAUCUUUGGUGGAUCAACUGAAUGCGGAGCACCAUGGUUCAGUUUUUGCGUAUGGCAACACUUACGGAGUUUUCAAUGAUCUGAUUAACAACGCAAAAACCUACGGUUUCACAGUAACUGAUAGUGGGUGCUGUGGUAUUGGAAGAAAUCAAGCACAGAUAACAUGCUUAUUUGCGUUGUUUCCUUGCCUGGAUAGAGACAAAUAUGUGUUCUGGGAUGCCUUCCAUACCACUCAAGCAGUGAACAAUAUUGUUGCUCAUAAGGCUUUUGCUGGACCUCCUUCUGAUUGCUACCCAAUUAACGUCAAACAGAUGGCACAAAUGUGGGUGUUACCAUCCGGUCAAAACAAAACUUCAGUGCCGUCCAUUGUAUCAAAAAAUUAGAGUUUUGUCUAAAAUUUGCCUGCUUAUGAACGAAUGCUUAAUAAAUUGCAAAGUAUAAAUAUAUUAAUUAUGAUGAAUAAUAUAAGAGGACAUUUUAUGAAA